CCCAGCCGCGGGCCGCCGAUGGGGGACUGCGGGGUGCCGGCGGGCGUCCAGCUGCUGCUCCGCGCCUGCGACCAGGGCGACUGCGAGGGCGCCCGGCGCCUGCUGCUGGGCCCGCCGGCGGCCUCCGGAGCGGGCGAGGAGGCGGCGGAGGCGGGGAGCUGCUGCGGGGCCGCGGCCGAGCUGCCUCCUGCGCCCGGCUCGGCGCCCGUGGACGGCGCGGACGAGGCGGGCAACACGGGGCUGCAGUUCGCGGCGGCCGGCGGCCACGAGGAGCUGGUGGGCUUCCUGCUGCGGAGGGGCGCCUCGGUGCAGAGCCGCAACCACUGCGGCUGGAGCCCGCUCAUGCAAGCGGCCAGGUUUGGACAUCUAACCGUUUCACGCAUCUUGCUGGAAAAUGGUGCUGACCUUAAUGCACAGAAUAAACUGGGAGCCAGUGUGCUUACCAUGGCUGCGAGGGGCGGACAUAUUAGUGUUGUUAAAUUGUUGCUGGAAUCCGGUGCUUAUGUUGACAAUUACGAUCAUCUGAGUACUGUCUUGGACAACAGCAAAGAGGAACUGCCCGCGAUCACCCCGCUCAUGGCGGCUGUCCAGCACGGGCACGAGGCGGUGGUCCAUCUGCUGUUAGACUGGGGAGCGGACUGUAAUUACACCGUAAAGACGAUGGGCUGGACCCCGCUGAUGCUAGCAGCUGUUAGCGGAAGAGUGAGCUUGGCACAACAGCUUAUGAACAAAGGAGCCAAUCCUGAUCAUCUGAAUAUAUUGCAUAAAACGCCGUAUGAAAUAUCUGUUGACUUCAAACAUGAAGACAUGAAGGAUUAUCUGGCGCCUCUAACAACGGUUAGACCCCAGACAGAUAAACAGAAAAGGCAGCCUGACAUCUUUCAUGCUUUGAAGAUGGGGAACUUUCAGCUGGUUAAAGAGAUUAUGGAUGAAGACCCAGCACAAGCCAAUGUUGUUAAUGACGACGGAGCUUCCCCAUUGAUGAUCGCAGCCGUCACUGGACAGUUGCCACUGGUACAGCUACUGGUUUCCAGAAAUGCAGAAAUUGAUAAGCAAGAUAAUGUCCAUGGCUGGACAGCACUGAUGCAGGCCACCUACCAUGGAAAUAAAGAAGUUGUUAAGUAUUUAUUAAAUCAAGGAGCCGAUGUAAAUCUUCGUGCUAAGAAUGGAUACACUGCCUUUGACUUGAUAAUGCUUCUGAAUGAUCCAGAUGCAGAAGUUAUACGGUUGUUGGCGUCAGCAUGCAUGCAAGUAGAUAAAGAAAAGAGUAAGAACACCAAAACAACUGCACUUUCUUCAAGAAACAAGCCAUCUUUCGAUGCUCCAGUAUUGCCAGAUGACAAGGGAGGACUGAAGUCAUGGUGGAACAGGAUGUCCAAUCGAUUUCGCAAGCUGAAGUUGACCCAGACUUUAAACCAUGGGUUCGCCAUAAAUCCAUCUGUGCCUUUUCCAGAAGAGUCAAAAUCAUUGUUUGAUUGUACAAUGAAGGCUUCCUUACAGAGCGGUAACCUUGGAAAUCACAACAUCACUACAGCUUGGGCAUCAAAGAGUAACACCAAUGGUCUAGGCAAUAGAAAGGCAGGAAAUGAUGAUGAACUAUUGACCACAGUGUUAAGAAGUGGGGCUCCAUUUACGAGGCUGCCUAAUGACAAACUGAAAGCUGUCAUUCCACCUUUCUUACCACCUUCAAGUUUUGAGUUGUGGAAUUCGGACAGGACCCAAACAAACCAAGAUGGCAAUGGAGAACAAAUGAGAGUUGGUGUUCCAUAUAGGACCAGUAGUCACGACUGCAACGGCAGUGCCAGUUCCGACAAAGCAUCCUUAAGCAGAGGUACGAGGCCCAUUAAACUAUCCGCCUUUGUCAGAAGACCUCCUACCCCCUCUCCGUCCAGCAAUUUCAACCAUUCUCCCCAUUCUUCUGGAGGAUCCAACAGCAUAGCAGGCGUUAACAGACAUGGUGGAGAAAUGCACAAUAAAUCAGGUGGCAAUACGGACAGUGUUUUGUCUCAAAUCGCUGCUCAAAGGAAAAAAGCAGCUGGUAUACCUGAACAGAAACCCAACCGACAACAAACGGCAGCAGGGCCAGCUCCUUCGCCUUCUCUUCCAGAUGUGGAAAGUGCACAAGCCGUUGGCAACGGACACAUUCUAAAGAAGUUAGAAGUGAACAAAAAUCCUCCCUCCGAGAAUUCCUCUACUUCGAAAAGCACAUCCCCGACUCUCACGCCCUCACAGUCGCCGUCGCCGUCCCCCAAGGUUCACAGUGCAGAUUCCUCUCUGUCCUCCUCUCACAGGCAAGGGAAGAGCAGUGGUGGUUCAAGCAGUGGUACACUGACAGAUGAAGAUGAACUCACAGGCAUCCUGAAAAAGCUCUCGCUUGAGAAGUAUCAGCCUAUUUUUGAAGAGCAGGAGGUGGAUAUGGAAGCUUUUCUUACACUUACAGAUGGUGAUUUGAAGGAACUGGGAAUCAAAACAGAUGGUUCUAGACAACAAAUUCUGGCAGCAAUUUCUGAGCUGAAUGCUGGAAAGGGACGAGAGAGAAAAAUUUUACAGGAGACUAUACACAACUUCCACUCGUCCUUUGAAAGCAGUGUUAGUAACACCAGCCCUGGAAAACCUCAGUCACCAGGAUGCUGGGUAAGAGCACAGGAGCCUUCUCCUACCAAGAGGUAGCCUUUGUGCCAAAAUGUCCUAUUCCGAAGUCUGGAGCAUGGGUGAUUGAAUCCAGGUGUCUGGAAGAAAAUGCACCAAGUGCACCUUUCCAGCAGUGUCUCACUAUGGAUUUUGUAGGGAAGGCACUGGCAAUAAUAUCCUUUCAUUCUGCAAAGCUGGCCUGGCAAUUAACUGAGCUGUUCACAGAACUGAAGUUAACAACACAUUUGGGUGUUCUCAGAAGGCUGUGGAAGACAGUCAAGAAUGGACUGUGAUACAAGAAGAUGCAGGGUGACUUUGUAAAAAUGCAGAAGGGGAGCUCUUACAAGACACUGGUCGCUGUUGCCAAGAAAGAGAACAGUGCGGAAGGAGGCACAAAAGAAUCUGCGACUUAUGGGUUCUGCUUAUAGUUAAAUGGUUUUUUUUUAUUCCAGAUGAGUAGCUGCAUUCGUCUGUAGCUGCAAAGUAAAACAAGUAUCCAGUGGCACCGGGAUUCGGUUUCGUUUUCUCAGCCAUGCCGGACGCUCCUCUCGGCUGGUCCGGGAGGAAACGACCGGGCACCCUGACCGGGCGGCUGAUCUGCAAGGAUUAGCCCCCAGGACUCCCAGGGAGGGAGCCAGGGUCCGGGACGCGGCGGGAAGAACUCCCCGAAAUCAAUGCGGGGAGGGAAUUGCCCGUUUGUCCCUAUGGAGGCCGGCAGAUGUGCGCGGCGCCUCGAGUGCCGCCGGGCAACGAGAAACGGCAAGUAAAAGAAACAGGCGGAAGCCUGUAAACAAGCGAAUCCCUUCUGUUCUACAAGCGUUUGUGAAGGAGAGGUUGAUCUGAAGAAGACUCGCUCUUCCCCUUCGUGGAGUUCCAGAAUUUUGUUGGCGCCCCCCCCCCCCCAAAUGGCAGCAAAGAAGCAAAGUCCCGCUCUCGGUAAGUCAAUCUCGGCCACCUUGCAGAAAGGGGAGUCGCUCGAAGAAUUGGUGCGCAGGGCGGUGGUGGAAGCCAUAAAACCCUUUAUUGACAAGCUGAACGAAACUGAUCAAAGGGUGGGCUUAAUUGAAAGCGAGGUGAAAACCAUUAAGGCAGCAGCGGGGGGGGCAGAAAAGUCUGCUCUGGAAAGUGCGUCACUUGUGAAGGCUACAAAAAAGGAGCUGAAGUUGGUGGAGAACCAACUGAUCGGGCUACAAGUGGAACGAACGCAGACAAUUUUGCGUCUCCAAAACGUGAAAGAGGAGGAAAAUGAGGAUCUGUGGGAUUUGGUCUCGGAACUACUGGCGACACCCGCGAGGACGACUAAAGAAGAGGUUAAAAGCGCCAUUUUGGAGGUCCGUCGGGCUUCUUCAAAAUAUGCAACAA